ACAUUUAACUAACCUCAAAAACGUAAAUUUUGACAAAAAAUUUAUUUAUUAUCAAUGAAAUACUAUGAAUAAGCAGGAGAAAAUGGAUGAAUUAGAAAAACUAGAAUAUCUUUCAUUGGUUUCCAAAGUCUGCACAGAGCUAGAAAAUCAUUUGGGUUUGAACGACAAAGAUGUUGCUGAAUUCAUCAUACAUCUAUCUGAAGAGCAUGAAACAUUUCCUGCUUUCAAGAAGGCCCUCACGGAAAUUGAGGCAGAAUUCUCAGACUCCUUAAUAAAGAACCUCCUCCGAAUAAUUCAACACAUGAGACCGAAAAAAAAGAAAUCUUCAUUAGGGCCUUCUAAUUCCCUAGAAAAGGAGGAAUUAGCAGAGAAAUUUCCAGGUUUAGCUUUGCCCAACAGUGAUCCUAUUGGAGCGGAUAUACUGGAGGUGGGAGAAAAUGAACCUAAAGCUGAUCCCCCCAAUAAAGAAGAUGAAAAUGUUGUUGCUGAUUUGAUGGCUUUCUUCGAGGCAGAUGCUCCUUCUAAUAAAAUGGAUGAAAAUGGAGAUACCAAGGCUAGCACAGAUAAAAUGGAGAGUAAGUCUCAUUCAAAACUUAGAGAUUCAAAAAGAAAAAGAUCAAGGUCUAGAAAUAGGAGGUCCAGAUCAAAAGAAAAGAAGAGGAGGUCUAGGUCUAGAGAUAAGCGAUCAAGAUCAAGGGGGAGGAGAUCUAGAUCUAGAGGAAGAAGAUCAAGGUCUAGAGGAAGGAGAUCAAGGUCUAGAGGAAGGAGAUCAAGGUCUCAAGGAAAAGACAAGAUCAGAAAUAAAAAUAGAGAUUCUAGAAGUAGAUCAAGAGGAAGAAGACAGAAAGAGAGAUAUAGAAGUAAUUCUAGAGAUAAAAAAUAUAAAAGAGAUAUAGAUGAUUCCAAAAGGAAUAGGGAUACUGCUGAUUUAGAUGAUGAUCCAGUUCCUGGUAAAAUUUAUAAUGGAAAAGUGGCUAAUAUCGUUAAUUUUGGUUGCUUUGUACAAUUAGAAGGCUUGAGAAAAAGAUGGGAAGGUUUAGUACAUAUUUCCCAACUUAGAGCACAAGGUAGAGUUAGUGAAGUUUCUGAGGUUGUUUCACGAGGGAUGAAAAUAAAGGUCAAAGUGCUAUCAUUGAAUGGCCAAAAAGUAUCUUUAUCUAUGAAGGAAGUGGAUCAAACUACCGGUGAAGAUUUGAAUCCAACUUCACACAAACAAGUAGAAAGAGUGGACAGGGAUAGAAAUCCUGAUCGACCUUUAAAUAACAGUACGUCUGUAUUAAGACUUCCUGUAGGAAUUGAUGAAGGGGAAGAGGACUCUAGAAAACGAGUGACGAGAAUCUCUAGUCCUGAACGUUGGGAAAUUAAGCAGAUGAUAUCUUCUGGGUGCAUAGACAAAAGUGAACUUCCCGAAUUUGACGAAGAAACUGGAUUGUUACCCAGGGAAGAGGAAGAUGGGGAGGCUGAUAUUGAAAUUGAAUUGGUUGAAGAUGAGGCGCCAUUUUUACAAGGCCACGGCCGAGCUUUACAUGAUUUAAGCCCAGUGAAAAUUGUGAAAAAUCCUGAUGGUUCCCUUGCACAGGCAGCUAUGAUGCAAUCAGCCUUAGCGAAAGAAAGGAGGGAGCAGAAAAUGUUGCAAAGGGAGCAGGAAACUGACUCGCAAUCAUCUGUUAAGGGCAAAAAUUGGAUUGAUCCUUUGCCUUCAGAUGAACCUGAAUCUCAGGUAAUAAGAGGUAUUGGAUUGCAAUCCCAAGAUCUGCCUGAAUGGAAGAAACAUGUUAUUGGUGGAAAAAAGUCAUCCUUUGGGAAGAAAACAAAUCUGAGUAUCAUCCAGCAGAGGGAAUCAUUGCCAAUUUAUAAGUUGAAGGAUGAACUUCGUAAGGCAGUGAAUGAUAAUCAAAUACUAAUCGUUAUUGGAGAAACAGGCUCUGGAAAAACAACACAAAUAACUCAAUAUUUAGCAGAGGCAGGUUUGACAGCAAGAGGUAAGAUUGGUUGUACCCAACCUCGUCGAGUGGCGGCCAUGUCCGUGGCCAAAAGAGUAUCAGAAGAGUUCGGAUGUAGACUGGGACAAGAAGUUGGAUACACAAUUCGUUUCGAAGACUGCACAAGUCCCGAAACUCUCAUAAAGUACAUGACGGACGGUAUGUUGCUGAGGGAGUGUUUGAUGGAUUUAGAUUUGAAGAGUUAUUCCGUCAUCAUGUUGGACGAGGCUCACGAAAGGACAAUUCACACGGACGUCCUUUUUGGUUUGCUCAAACAGGCGGUAACCAAAAGACCCGAGUUAAAACUCAUCGUCACUUCUGCAACGUUAGAUGCCGUUAAAUUUUCCCAAUAUUUCUUUGAAGCCCCCAUCUUCACAAUACCCGGAAGGACAUUCCCAGUAGAAGUAUUGUAUACGAAGGAACCAGAAACAGAUUAUUUGGAUGCCAGUUUGAUCACCGUUAUGCAAAUUCAUUUGCGGGAACCUCCUGGUGAUAUUUUACUUUUUUUGACUGGUCAAGAAGAAAUCGACACGGCUUGUGAAAUUCUCUAUGAGAGGAUGAAAUCUUUAGGACCUGAUGUGCCGGAGCUCAUAAUUCUACCGGUAUAUUCUGCUUUACCCUCUGAAAUGCAGACAAGAAUAUUUGAACCGGCCCCUCCAGGUAGCAGGAAAGUUGUCAUUGCCACCAAUAUAGCAGAAACAUCGUUGACCAUUGAUGGUAUAUUUUAUGUUGUCGACCCUGGAUUCGUUAAGCAAAAAGUUUACAAUUCCAAGACCGGCAUGGAUUCUCUAGUAGUGACACCUAUUUCACAGGCUCAAGCUAAACAGAGGGCCGGAAGAGCAGGAAGAACCGGACCCGGGAAAUGUUACCGAUUAUAUACAGAGAGGGCUUAUCGUGAUGAAAUGUUGCCAACGCCGGUACCAGAGAUACAAAGAACCAACCUGGCUACAACCGUUUUACAGUUGAAGACUAUGGGCAUCAAUGAUCUUCUGCAUUUUGAUUUCAUGGAUGCGCCGCCUGUGGAAUCUCUAAUCAUGGCCUUGGAACAGUUACAUUCUUUGUCAGCAUUGGACGAUGAGGGCUUGUUGACAAGGCUCGGAAGAAGAAUGGCCGAGUUCCCCUUGGAGCCGAAUCUUUCAAAGAUGCUCAUAAUGUCGGUAGCGCUCCAAUGUUCGGACGAAAUUUUAACCAUCGUGAGCAUGCUCUCUGUACAGAAUGUAUUUUAUCGUCCGAAAGACAAACAAGCUCUAGCGGAUCAGAAGAAAGCUAAAUUCAAUCAGCCCGAGGGAGAUCACUUGACGUUAUUGGCCGUUUACAACAGCUGGAAAAAUAACAAAUUUUCCAACACGUGGUGUUACGAUAAUUUCGUUCAAAUUAGGACAUUGAAGAGGGCUCAGGACGUCAGAAAACAAUUAUUGGGAAUUAUGGACAGGCAUAGGUUAGAUGUGGUAUCAGCAGAGAAAAAUACGGUGAGGGUGCAAAAAGCUGUUUGUUCAGGUUUCUUCAGAAACGCAGCUAAAAAAGAUCCCCAAGAAGGAUACAGAACUCUUGUGGAUAGCCAGGUUGUCUACAUACAUCCUUCUAGUGCUUUAUUCAAUCGCCAACCCGAAUGGGUAAUAUAUCAUGAACUGGUCCAAACAACAAAGGAAUACAUGAGGGAGGUAACCACCAUCGAUCCAAAAUGGCUGGUUGAAUUUGCACCGGCUUUCUUCAAAUUUUCUGAUCCCACUAAACUCAGUAAAUUCAAGAAAAAUCAACGUUUGGAACCUUUGUACAACAAGUAUGAAGAACCUAAUUCCUGGAGAAUAUCGAGAGUUCGGAGAAGAAGAAAUUGAGGCAUUUAGAUUUGAAAAAUUUGUAAAGAGAAUUUUUUUGUAUAUAUUUUUUUUAUCUUGGAAUGACUUGUAAAUAAAGACUGAACUGUA